AUGGCUAUUAACAACCGCCCUCUAGCAUACGUUAGUGACGACGAUUUGGACGAUGCAUUAACGCCGCAUCAUCUAAUACACGGUCGUAACGCAUUUAAACAAGCGAAAGCAAUUGAUUUCGUUCCUACUAUGGACCUGGAGAAAUGUAAACGUAGAUUGCUUCACGUGCGAAAGGUAUUGAGAGACUGUUGGGCAAGAUUCCGUUGUAGCUAUCUGAAUGAACUGAGGCAAAUGAAUAUAUAUCGGAAGACAAAAGGUGAAAAUACACGGCGUAUUAGCGUGGGGGAUGUCGUUCUAAUCAAGGAUGACGAACUUUCGAUGCGCACUCAGUGGAGAAUGGGGAAAGUGUUGGAGUUAGUGAAAGGUCGCGACGGUCAGAUAAGGGGAGCCAAGCUCAAGGUACUCUCCAAGAAGGGAAAACAAACGGCAGUGUUUCGUCCGCUUCAAAGAUUGAUUCCUUUUGAAAUCAACGAAAAUCACGACUGCAUGAGUGAACAGCAACAGAAGGAAUCUAACGAUAGUGUUGAUAAAGACGAAAAUGUGAAUGAACCUGCUGCGACAGUGAACGAGGAAACCAGUGCGAAAAGGCCAACGCGAAAGGCAGCAGUAGAAGGACAAAACUUGCGACGCCUUCGAGAACAAUAUAAUUAA